AUGCUUGAGGUCUAUCGUGUUUUCCUGAAGGUCUUCAGAGAUGAUUCUAUCAUUAGCGAAUCACUUCUGCCAUCUGAGGCGUCAUUAGAGAAAUCCCCCUUAUCACUUUCUGAUUUGAGUGCAAUGUCUGGCAAAGGAAGAAUAGCUGCUUUUAAGGAGUGUGGCAUUCACCCGCAUCUUUUUCCACCUUUGCUCAGAUCCUUACAGCAUUUAACUGCCUUAAACAGAACGACUAGUGUAUCAAAAGGAAAUAUGGUUCACGGGAAUUUGGAGGCUCGAUAUUGGAAUUAUCUUGGCCAAAAUCCUUCCCUUAUUGGCUCUCCUAGCGUAAACAGUAAGCCCUAUUAUGAAAAAGUAACUGAUAUAAUUUCAUGUAAACCAGACGAAAGCAACUUAGCUGACACAUCAAGUUCAAAUUUCCUUGUACAAUAUAACGGGUUGAUGAAUCAGGGGGCUACAUGUUAUCUCAAUUCUCUUCUUCAAUCACUUUUCCAUAUUUCGGCCUUUCGCUCAAUUAUUUAUCAGAUGCCUACAAAAGAAGAAUCGAUAGAGCUUAGUCAAACCUAUCCUCACGGCACAAAAUCAAUUCCGUACGCGCUUCAACGCCUCUUCUGCAUGCUUCAGACAGAAACCGAAGCAGUAAACACAACUGAGCUUACAGAGUCUUUUGGAUGGAGUGAGGCAGAUAGUUUCAUUCAGCAUGAUGUUCAUGAAUUGACACAUGUUUUACUAGACAAUCUAGAAAUGAAACUGAAUACCCAAAGAAUAUCAGACAAUUUAGAUAAAAGCGUUAGAAAGAAUGCUAUUCAUGAAAUAUUCAAUGGCUUGCUUCAAAGCUAUAUUGACGUUGAAGAAGUGGGAUAUCACGGAGCGUGUGAGGAGACCUUUUAUGAUCUACAACUUGUUGUAAAGGAUACAAAGGAUAUAUACGCAAGUUUUGAUCGUUUUUUCCAGGCUGAAGUUCUAGACGGAAAAAAUAAAUAUUGUUUAGAACGAAAUGGGGAGAAAAAAUAUUACCGUGCGACAAAAGGCGUUAGGCUAAAAGCGACCCCUCUCAUUUUGUUGCUACAUCUGACACGCUUCGAUUAUGAUGUUCGGCAAGGUGAAAUGAAAAUAUUUUCACGUUGGGAUUAUUACAGUACUUUGGAUCUCUCUGGAUAUAUGCCCCAUGUGAAACCCGCUGAUACUCAUUACACAUUAUGUAGUGUAUUGGUUCAUUCGGGCUCCAACACAGGCUUUGGUCAUUACUAUUGCUUUUUACUCUGUUCUGGUCAGUGGUACAAGUUCAAUGAUGAAAGGGUAACGCCAGCGUCUUUCAAAGACGUUUAUGGGGAUAAUUUUGGAGGUUAUCACCUUAACUAUUGGGGUUCUUUAGAACCCCAAGUAAGUACAGCAUAUAUGCUUGUGUACAUUCGAUCAAGUCAGAUGGAUUCUUUAUUGUGUCCAAUAGGCCCUGAAGAUGUACCUAAACACGUCAUUGAUCAGCUGCUGCGUGAGAAGCAGGAAGAAGAAAGAAUUAGUAAGGGGAAAAGGGAGGACAAUUUUUACGCACAUUUCCGUUUUCUUCAGCCACAAGACCUCGUAAGAAAGGGGGAGUUUGCAUCUUUACAUUGUUCAUCCUUGCAAAAGCAGCCAUCCCAUAGGACUUUGCGUGUUCUUUUAGAGGUAGAAGCUCUCCCAGAGUUUACCUUUUUUGUAGAAAAAGUAUUCAAUAUUCCGGAAAAUGAUCAACUUCUUUGGUGUGUCACUUCCCCUUCCCAUACCAGCAAUCGUGAUGUGUAUAUCCAAUUGAAACCAGGUGUUAAAGUUGAGGAAAUUUUGAAGGAUUCGAAUGAAUGCUACAUUUUAGUAACAUCUCUUAGAAGUGAUACAGUCAUAAUCUCUGAUGAGGAGGAUGCUGAGUAUCAGCUAUUUCAUCAUAAGCUAUAUGAUCCAUUACAGUUAAAGAUUCUUUUCAUCGGAAGUACUGUUGUCCGCCGCAAUAACAACGAGGAUGCUAAGGUAUCUAUCGAAAAAAUAGCGAAUCGAGUCCGCGAAAUGAUCGCAAUACUACCUGAUGACACACAAAAAAAGUACAAACACCAUUUACAGAAGCACCACCAAAUGCAAUCCAAUCAGAAAGUUUCAGCUAGCUUUGAUGCUCUUAAAUGUGCCAAUUCCAUUGUUGAUGGAGUUUGUGAAGAUGUUGAGAAGAUAGGAAUCAACCCACUUCGUGGUAUGCCCAAUGGGGAUAUGACUGUUCUUCGUGAAGUUGAGAAUCAUAGAUACACCGCAUGCAACAUAUUACUUUCAGGUGAUAUAUUAGUCUGGCAAUUGAAAAUUUCUGACAAAGAUAAGGAUGAUGUGUUUUAUCCGGAUGUGGAAUCCUUCCAACAUUUUGUACGACAUCGCAUUCCUGUCGAAAUACGACUCAAUCAAGCACCUUGUUACCCUACAUUAGUGAGCACCGAGCUUGGAAGUAGCAUGAGCUACGAGCAGCUUCAGCGUUAUGUGGCUCGUAUGAUUGGAGAACCGGUGAACUACGAUUAUAUUAGAUUCGUACGUCAUAACCCUGAGACUGAGCUCCCAUACUUUAUGAAAGCAAAAAAAAAAUCCAGAUCAACUCUCUCAAUGCUUCUAACGCCAGUUUUCCACUCAGUUGAGUACUUUUCGAAGUAUAUUUAUUACGAAUAUUGCAAGUAUCCUGUUACACAAAUCGAGGUUUCACAUUCGUUAGAGUUUAAACUUUAUAGUGAUAAUGUGAAGGCAAUUAGCUCGCAUUGGGUGUUGAUGUCUCGCGAAUGUCCGAUUAAGUCGGAAAUAAUUUUCAGUACUAGUGUAAAGACAAUCCAAAAAGACUAUGCCACACAGAUCCCCUGUAAGACUCAAAACAAGGAGGAUAAGACGGAAAACGCCUCUACAGAAGAAUUCUGUAACUUUAUUAUGAAUCUCGUUCCCGAAGACGCCUGGAAGGAGUUAAGACUUGUUGACGUAUGGAAGGGAAGGAUUUACAAUGUGCUUGAUCAUGAUCAUGUCCUUGUUUUAGGUCAUCAAACCUUUGAAGAAAGCGCCGAAUAUCGCAUUGAACGAAUUCCUCAGCCAAUUCCUGGUAUUCUACCCGAGGAGCAGCUUCUUGUACAAGUCCAUCAUUUCACUUUGAUACGUCAGCGAAAGGAUCCUGUGGAAACGUAUGGAGAGCCUUUUAGUUUCCACGUAUUGUACAAAGAAUUGCCGAGCGAGUUACUUCGUCGAAUCGCACAAAAACUGGAAAUCAACUUCGCUGCGGUUGUUGAUUGGAAGGUGUGCUUGGUGAAGGAAAAUACUGUGUUUGAGGUGGCUGAAUUUCCUAUGGGAAUGCAGCUCGUGCAAUUUUGUGCGAAGGAACUAUAUGAACCAAACCAAAAGGAACCCGUGAAGGCUGCUUUUCUUGGCUUAGAUCAUGCCCCAAUAGCUAAGCGUUUACCUAAAAGAGAGGAGAAGAUAUUGAUCCUGAAUUAG